UAUUUAUGGCUCAGGAGCAGAGUGGACAUCAGCAUCAGUUUCCAUCAGCAGUUCCCUGAUAUGACAGCAGGAGAAUCUGCUGCCUCCAGUUAAGGCUGAAAGAACAAUUCCUCACUUGCUUCUAAGUGCCUAUUAUUUCAGGGAAUCAUUUACAGCAUAUUCCAGCGUUCAUUCAAAAGAACAAAAACCUGCUUCAGAGCCAAGGGAGACCUCUGUUCUUCCAUCCUGCUUUCAGCAGAAAUCCACAACGCCCUGAUUCUGAGUCGGUGAUGAAUUUUCCUAAUCAUAUAGAGCACUCAUCCCCAUGAGUUGUUCCAAGGUCGGACUCCAUCCCCGAAGGUCAUCCUGUCUUGAAUGUGUCAGAGAGCGAUUGGGAAUGUUCGCGGACCUUUUCAAAAUGUCCUCAAUCCCACAGCUAUUUGUCACCAUAUUGCUCUGCCACAGAGCUAUAAAAAGAUGCUCUAGUUAGCUGAAAUGGGGCCACAUGUGGUUCAUGGAAGCUUAACCCCAAUUUCAUCAGAAAGUAGAGUGAAAAACAUGGCAUUUCAGGAGUGUCAGCCAAACUCUUGAAGGUGACCACAGAGACUUUGAUGUCUCCUGUAUGAAUGAGCAGGAGGGACGACACAUGGAGGUCUUCUUUAAGUCACACCUCUUCAUGUCUUCAUCCACCACAGCAUGAACCACUUGUCUUCCUCCUCUUCCAUUUCCAGCUGUCCAAACCAUCUACAAACUUCUCAUGAUUUGUCCCUAUGAUAUACUGUUCGCUCAUCUUCUCAGUUCCAGUCGCCCCAUUGUCAAUCUCAUCCUCGUUAUUGUCCGUAUCCUUGGCGUAAACGUCUUCGAGGUUUAGAGCGUUACAAAGAAAAUAAAUAUUUUAAAAUAAUAAUCUUACUAAUUAUUACUUGUUUUACUGUCCUCAUAUGUUCACACAUUUCAGAUAAUAAAAGUAAUCAUUCACUACUUAAAGCCAUUUCGAUUUAAAUAAAUAAAACACGGAAUAAAAACUUAAAAUAAGGAAUAAUAAUUUAUUUAUUUAUUUAUUUUAGAUUUUUUUUUCCACAUUACAGGACCCUUAUAGUCGAUGUUACAAAAGCUGAGUUGAAGAAGAAAAAAAAAUGAAAUAAAAAUAAAUAAGGGUGAAAUUAAAUAGUAAUAUAUAAUACAAGCAUUAUCGAAAUAGACCCCCCCCAAAAAAACCCACACAUUUUAUUUUCUUCAUUAAAAAAAUGAAUAAAAACGGGGUGACAAUAUACAAAUUAGGGAACAAAAUUGUUGAACUCGAGACCAAAAAACUAAAAUGAGGAAGCAGAUUCGCCACCUUCAGACUAUAAAUUAAUAAAUAAUUAUUUAAAAAGUAAAUUGACAAAUAAAACACUGAGUAGAUGUUUUUUUUUUUUUUUUUGUCUUCAGCAAUAUUACGUUUUUUUUAAAAUCGAUAAUAUUUUGAUAGUUUUAUUUGUGGUUAUUUAAAGAGGUUUCCGUUUCCAAGACCUCGAUAGUAGAAGUUAAAAACAAUAUGGUUACCCAAAAAGUGACUUCAACAAAAAAUGUAAAACAAUAAGAAGAAGAAGAAGAAGAAGAAGAAGAAGAAGAAGAAUAUGAAAUACAGCCAUCAGAAAAAUAGAAAACAAAUGGAAACUGAAAACGUGUCAAAAUUAAUUUAAAUUAGAAAAAGGAAAAAAACAACCUAUAGGUGGGAGGGAGAAAAAUCUAUAACGGGGGUUUUAAUGAUUAAACAAGAAAAACAGGGUCGCAGAAAUAAAAAUAAAUUAAUUAAAUUAAAUAACAGAAGAUGAAUUCAACUGUUAAAAGAAAUCUUUUGAUCACAUCGACGUUAGAAAAAAAAAAAAUCAGGGAAUGAAAAAGAGAAGAUGAGCUCCCCCACCCUCCGGCUCCGGGACUCUCGCACCCCCUCACCUGGAGGAGCAGCAGGCGCUUGUGGAUUCUGUCCCUUUAACACCGAGUAGUGGAGUCCGCCGCCGCUGCCGCUGCUGCUGCUGCUGCCCGCAUGGCUGGGUGACCGGGCUCCCAAAGUUUGACUGGGGAAUCCUGGGAGCAGCGAGCGGAGCCGCGGCUCCUCUCUGCCGGGAAACACGAGCUCGGAACCGGAGGCGGGACGGACGCCGGUCCGGUGCAGGAGCUGCCCACUCGGGCGAGCGGAACAAAGGCAGCGAUGACGGCGCGGAUGACGGGAGCGUGAAUGAAAGAGAAGCCAGGGAAACAUGCCGCUGCUGCCCCGAACGCUGCUGCUGUUCGCCUCCGUCACCUUGCUGGUUCUGGUUCUGAUCAUUGACGACAUCGUGGAAGUGGAGGAGGAACCCGCAAAAGCUGCUGCUCACACGUAUCCCCCGACUCUCACGAGGCUCACUAAAGAAGCUACGACUCAUUCAAAUUUUAAAAGCGCCAGUCUUUCAUCUGGGAACUGGACCUUCAACAGGACCCUCUCCAACAUCAUCAGGAAGAACAUCCUGAGAUUCCUGGACCCUGAGAGAGACAUCUCCAUCCUGAAGGGAACGCUCAAGCCAGGAGACAUCGUCCACUAUGUGUUCGACCGCCACAGCACCACCAACAUCUCCCAGAACCUCUACCGCCUGUUGCCGGUCCAGUCUCCCAUGAAGAACCAACACCACCGGAGCUGUGCCAUCGUGGGCAACUCUGGAAUCCUGCUGAACAGCUCCUGCGGUCCGGAAAUCGACGCUCAUGACUUCGUCUUCAGGUGUAACCUGGCCCCGGUGGAGGACUUCUCCCAGGAUGUGGGGCUGCGGACCAACUUGGUGACGAUGAACCCCUCGGUGGUGCAGAGAGCCUUCCAGGAUCUGGCCACCGACGAGUGGAGGGUUCGAUUCCUGCAGCGCCUCCAGAGCCUGAGCGGCAGCGUGCUGUGGAUCCCGGCCUUCAUGGCCAAAGGCGGAGAGGAGCGUGUGGAGUGGGCUCUCCGCCUCAUCCUGCUGCACACAGUCAACGUUCGCACCGCCUUCCCCUCGCUGCGCCUCCUCCACGCCGUCAGAGGAUACUGGCUGACCAACAACGUCCACAUCAAGCGCCCGACCACCGGCCUCCUCAUGUACACACUGGCCACUCGCUUCUGCGAGGAGAUCCAUCUUUACGGCUUCUGGCCCUUUCAGCUGGACCCACGGGGCCAGCCGGUGAAGUACCACUACUACGACACACUGAAGUACGAGUACACGUCCAGCUCCAGCCCUCACACCAUGCCUCUGGAGUUCAGGACGCUGAGGAGGCUGCACAGGCUGGGAGCGCUGCGGCUGCACACGGGGACCUGCCACUCUGAGUGACACCUCCUUCUGAUGACACUUGAAUGACACUGUUCCCAGGAAUGACCUUUUCCUGUCCAGAUGCACCUUUAAAUACGUUAUAGAAUCAUCUUUUGCGGAACUGUUUAUACGCUUUGUUCCAUUUUAACUAAAAAAAAAAUUUAUUUAAUUUUCAAUUUAAUGUAAAAAUUGUUAUGCUGAGCUCAGCCGGUAGGGGGAGCUACUAGAUAAAAUAGCAGGAUGGAAGUUUGGCGUAUUUAUUAUGGUGUUUAAAGGCCGUUUUUCUGUUGACCAAGUGGUGCUCGAGGGUGUUUUGCUUUCAUUAGGUUUCCAAAUAAGUCUAAUGGUAUUUAUUUCUGACGUUAAGGAGUGAAUGUAAAACAUAGAAACGUUUUUCUUUUAGAAAAAUCGAAUAUAGUCAUUGUUUAAAAAUGUAUUUUAAGGCUAAUGUUCAUUGAGACAAAUCAUUGUGACCACCUGUCUAACAUUGAGCAGCUCACUUUUUUUGAAGGAUGGUAAAUAUGGAGUUAAGUGUUUUUUUUUAUUGUUUUGAAAAUCCAAAAAUGUCAAGCUCGACCAACGAUUGUUUUAUAUUAAUACCUGCAGCGUUUCUGCAGGGUGUUUUCUUAUCCAUUUUGAACACAUUUACUUUCAAUUUCACAUUUUCUCUCUUCAUCAUUACAUUUUUUAUGCCUACUUGUAAUUUUUAAAAACUUUUUCUUCUUUUGUUUUCUUUACCCAUUUGUCUUGUUUGGACUCCCCCCACAGCCAGUCCUGCACCGGGAUCUGCCUUGACCAUCCUCUUUUCUCCUGACCCCACACUGUCUCUCCUCCCUCUCCCUCUGAUAUACUAGUUUCAGAUCUUGUCCUGUCAAGUCUCUCUCCAUGGUAACCUCAGUAUUUUCAUCUCUGACUCAUCUCUGCCUUGUGAGUCACGAGUCAAACUCAAGGCACCAAGUUAAUUCAGAGACAAGUCAGUAUUGUGACCCACGAAGACUCCAGCGUGGAGGAUUUGCCUGAAAAUCCAGAGGCCCACCAACAAAGGAACCUCAGCCAAAGAGCGACUGUGCUCCCCAAAGUCCUGCAGAAAAUCCCUUUUCAUUUGUGAAAUAUUGUAGCGACUGACACUCUGCUAUUUAUUUGCAGAAACAAAUUGCAGAAAAUGUAUUUCUUUACAAAUAUAUCCAGAAAUGGGUAGGCAGUAUUACAAAAAAUAUAUCAGGUGUAUUUAUGUAUUUAUUUAUUUGAAUUAACUUUAAAUUUUAUCUCUUAUCUUUUGCAUGAUUUUAUUCUAUUUUGUUUUUAUUCUAUUCUAACUUUCUUUGCCUCAACUUCAUAACUAACUCUGUUAUCGGGGCCCACCACAUCCUUCUGUCGUGCAGGUGUGUGGUCAAGUUCGAGGUUUAAAAACAACUCAAAGUUGCACAUUUGACCAGCUCCUUCGCUGAGAGGAGCACAGCUGCAACUGAGGGACGAAUCGGUGCAUCAGCAUAGAUCUAUAGUGUAUAGAAACAAUGUGACGGAAUCUAUGCGAUAGCCUCUCAUUGGUAGAGCGACAACGUGUUUGAAUUGUUCGUGAUUUCCGGACAAAUUUGAUGAAAGUGGAUCAUUUCCCGCAGGCACUGUAAUGUGCCACGACACAACGGUUGAAAAACGCCGUUCGAUCAAACGGAAAUCUGAAAUUGGAGCUCCAAUUUAAAAAAAUUCUUCAGCUCUUGACAUUUGUGUGCAACAUAUGAAGUUUAACACCCUGCUCUACACCAUCCAGCUCCCAUCACUGUGCUGUCACACCUGUUCCACCCUGUCUGCACUCUCUUCUUCACCUCCCUGUGUCAUUUUAAAACACUUACUUAAUAACAGCGAGGUGGUCAUAAAGUUAUGGCUGCAGUAAACACAGUAUAACAUUACAUAACAUCACCUGAAUCCUGUGCUUUGCAAACGUGUUUUAGAUCGGAGACAGAGGAGCAGUUGUGGCGGUGCCAAAGGUAUUUAUGAACAGCGUUGUGCUUCCAAUUCUUGAUCUUAUUUGUCUGGUUGCCUAAGGAGAUGAAUGCCCAACGAAGUGUAGCCGAAGGGAAGCGGCCGGACUGUGGCAGCUGGUCACAUAAGGCUGUUUGCUCAGCCAGAACAAACAUGUCUCCAAGAUAUAACCGGCUGCUCCGGAAAGUGUCGUCAGAACGUAGCACUGGUUCGAAGCCCCUCGAGAAAAUCCGACACUGCAGUAUUUGUGCCUAAAUGACUUGUGCACUGAAGGGUCUGCGAAUGUUUCCUCCUGUGU